AUGCGUUGUGCUACUCUCGCUGGUCUCUCCCUCUUGGGUGGUGUGGCCCAUGUUGCCUCUGCCGACACCAUUGACGGGAUGGAAAUUGUCCCAGUUAAGUGGGAGCUUGAGCUCAAGCCCGGUGGCGAGGUUGUGCACCUGACCGGUACCGUGGAGGAAGUCUACCCUCAGCUUCUCGAUCUUAACCCAACCUAUGAUCAAGAUUGGGCCGGACAUGACAAUGAAACUGAAGAGAAGGGAUUUGUUAACCCAGAAAAGAGGGAGAGUGACAACCCCGCCAGCGUCCUUUGGAAACGCUCCACAUUCCUGAGCUCCAACAUCAAGUGCAACGUCAACACUUGGGCCAACUGCUACUACAUCGACAAGGGAAUAGAGUAUCUGAGGAAGGUAAAGGGAAAGCCCGUUAAUGAUCCUGGAAAGUGUGGCCGUGUUAGCUGCUCGUAUAACUCGGGUAUUUUUUGGUGCAACACAUCUUCUGGGAAGAAGACUCUAAACUCCUUUGGCUCAGUUGCUGAUGGCGCUCAGGCCGUCUCUGACAAGUGCUAUGACCCUGAUGGCAAUUUCUGUUGGGUUCGCGGAAGAGCUACCCACACUACUAACUGUCAAGCAUGA